AUGUUUAGAAGCAGGAUUUUCGGUACCCCGCCUGAACCUGUGUUCAAUAUGAAGACGGCAUGUUUGCCACCAGAGUUACUAGAAGAAGCGUUAUAUGCUCUUGCUGCUGAAAACGAAAAAAGUAUGAAUAGCGCCAAUGGCUUGCAAGGCUUUUUCAAAGGAGGGAAAAAUGCAGGUAACGUAACGGAUGUGGACUUUCGACUUAAGAAACUACCUACCAUCGUUCCCUUUGAAGUGAAUGAAAAUCGCAAACUCACGUUUUAUAUCAUUCGUGUUUUCCAGAAUAUGUUUUUCUCCUCUGUGAAGAAAUGUGUUUACCGACUCAAACCCGCUUUUUAGCAAUUGAAAUUUUUGACAGGCAAGUGUUUGUUAAAAUUGUCCGGAGACAUGAAUUUAUCAUUUCUCUUCAGGGUGUUAAACUUCUGAAUCAUCUAACCAAAUCUUUUUAAUUCUCUCCAUAGGUUCAUGGCAAAGCAUGUUUGUGAUCUUUAUGAUUUAAUACGUUCAAAUUCUGAGACAAACCUACAGAGAAACUGGAAAGAAGUGGAGAACAGAAUAAAGACUCAGCUGCCACUUCGAGUUAUGUCUUGUGUGCAGCUUGCGAGCAAACUGACUUCACAUUACAAGGUAUCAACGCAGAAAUUAUUGCAGAGACAGUAUAUGUGCAUCAUAUUAAGUACAGUUUGAAGGCCUUUUCUCAAGUAUCACCUUAAAAACCGCUUGAUUGUCUUAACAGAUAAUAAAAAAUAUAUAUUGACACCACAAAACUUUUUCUUGAUAUCUCUAAAAGCUCUCCAAAAAUAUCUUAAUUUUGUUUUGAAGAUAAUCAAAGUUCGAAUCACCUGAGCCAACAUUCUCACUGCUGGGAGUUGAAAUCAUGAAAGAGAUUAUCUAUUUAAGUAUGCUUAAAUAGUAAAUUGUCUUUGUCAUUUUUAACACAGGCAAUAACCCCUAGCAAAGGUCAGAGGUUCUUGAACUCAAUUGGUCAUUGUUAUACACUGGGGAGUAUAGUAAAGUCAGAGUUGCGGAUUCUGCAGACUCUUGACUAUCAUAUCUUAAUCACAACACCCUUAACAUUUCUGGAAACUAUCCUUGAGAUUCUUGGUAAGUAAAAUAAAAAUAUCAAGCUGAAUCAAGACUUUCAGGUUGACUGACUCAGAGACUGAGUGGCAGAAUAAUUGUCUGACUGAAGUACUGACCCACUUAUUACAUUAACCACUGACCCCUAAGAGUGACUAGCAUCUAAUUUCUCCUUACAAUAUCACUCCUGAGUCACUCAAGAAUAAACUGACAGACCCACCAUCUAACUGAUUCAACAGCUGGUCAACCCACCCUCAGAGAAAAUGUUAUCAUUUAACUGCAGCACCUCUGAAAAACUGUUGCAUUACUCAACUAGGACACAAUGACACACAAGCACAAGUAAAAUUACUUCAUGACGCCAGUGUUAAGCUCCUUGACAUAGUCUACCUCAAGUUUGAAGAAAUUUACAGCAAGUUGUGUAUGGCUGCAACAGGAGAGAGUUGUGUUAAAGAUGGCAGACAAAGCCUGGCAAUCAUAAGUAGUGAUCUCAUGUUGCUUGCUGUUUCAGUCAUUGGGGCUGCAUCCUACAUUGUGAAUCAGACAACAAGUGACAUGGUAAAUAAACCCUUUAACUCCCAAGAUCUGAUUGUUAAUUCUCCCCUCUAACUGCUACACAUUCCCUUGUAAAUUAGUUAUGAGAACUUGGUGCUAAAUCUAGAUGGCAUCCUCUACCUGACAAGUUUAAAUAUUUAAAUUACCUGUUUGCUGAGUAACUUAUGGAUAUCAUAGGAAGAAGUUUCAUGUUAAUCACUUCUGGGAGUUAAAGGGUUAAGAGUCUACUUGCAUCAGUUGUGAGCCCCCUAAUGGGAGUUGUCUUUUUUUUUCAAAUAUUGUCAACUGUGUUAUGUUUGUAUCAUUUGUUUGUUGUUACUUUUGUUCAUUUGUUUUGUUUAGGCCAUGGAAGAGGAAGAGACAGAGAAGUUUGGUCUCUUCAUUAAGUAUUUGGCAAAAUCCUUUACUCCUUGCACAACUCAAAUAUGGUUUCUAUUAGUCUCAUGCCCAAACACUCUUUUAGCUCAUUGGAUUACACAUCUUUAUCCGCUGAAAUAAUUUUGAGACCAUUUUAAUUAAUUAACUGCAUUUUUUAUGCAUUUAUCUUGAAGACUUCAAAUGAGUAUUUUUAUCAUUCUGCAGGUAAUAGAGCAACUUGGUCUUAUCACUCAGAUUCCAGUGGAUGAUGUUUUAGACUUUGCCACAAUAAUCAUUGAGAAUACAUUAAAAUAUGAAGAUGGAGAUUAA